AUGCGGUGCUCCAAAGCCGGGUUCGGUCUCUCGCUUACAGUGCUGAGCACUCUCUGUGCCUCAAGCUUCCAGCAAGCAGGACCACAGGUUGAUCUCGGUUAUGAAAUCCACGAGGGUGUGUACAAUGCUUCGACGAAUCUGUACGAGUUUAGCAACAUUCGAUACGCGAAGCCGCCGAUUGGCGAAUUGCGAUUCGCAGCGCCAGAGUCUCCUGAUGGCGAGAGCAGCGACGUUGAGCUUGGAAACUUCACUGCAGUGUGUCCACAGGGAUAUCCUGCAUGGUACUUUUUCAUCGCUCUGGUAUAUAGCAACUGGUGGGCGGCCGGCAACGAGUCUCUAUUCGACUACACGGGAGCUCAGGCACAACUCGAUGCAUUCUUAGCGACCAAUCCGCCGCCUGACAUUCCACUCGGCACGACGGAAGACUGCUUGUUUCUGGACGUUGUGGUGCCGCGGGCCGUCUUUGAUAACGUCAAAAGUCGGUACAACAGACGACAAAGCUGGAAUGACUACAGUCGCGGUGCUCCCGUGGUGAUAUGGAUCUACGGCGGUGGGUAUGCGACGGGUAACAAGAAUCUCUACGACCCGAGCGGGCUUAUUAAAGCCAGCCAAGCCAGUGGCGAUCCAGGUAUCAUUUAUGUGGCUUUGAACUAUCGUACAGGGGUCUUUGGUUUCUCGAGUGGCCCAACAUGGGAAGCUGCGGGAGGACUGCCAAAUAUUGGGUUCUACGACCAACGCUUGGCGAUUGAAUGGGUGGCCAAAAACAUCCACUUGUUUGGAGGCGACCCCAACCAGAUCACGAUCAUGGGUGAAUCCGCUGGAGGUGGCUCUGUUCAACACCAGAUCACAGCAUUCGGUGGCAAGGAGGAUAUCUCUUUCCAGCGAGCUGUUGCUCAAUCUCCCGGGUUCUACUCGGCACCAACUCCGGAGCAACAGGAGGAUGUCUUACAAACGUUCCUGGCUUUCGCAAACGUCAGCACUGUUGACGAAGCUCGCGCGCUUGACUCGGAUACUCUGAUCCUUGCCAACGCCCGUCAGAUCCUCAACGCGGAAUACGGCUCGUUCGUUUACAAUCCUGUUGUGGAUGGCACCUUUGUUCCAGACGUUCCAAGCCGAUUGCUUGCCGAUGGACGAUUUCCCGAAGGCGUCGAGAUUCUCACUGGGCACCAACAGAACGAAGGAGUGACUUUCACUCCGCCAGACAUGAUUACGAACGAAAAGCUACGAGAUUUCGUAGCAAACGUUCACCCGGACGCUUCCGACGCAGUCCUGGACUAUAUCAUCAAUGAUCUGUACCCUGAUGUCUAUGACGGUUCCUUGCCAUACCAUGAUCCACUACAAAGGAGCAUGCUACUGGUCAGUGAGUUCAUCUUCACCUGCAACACCAACUAUCUCAACAGAGCCUUCGACAACGCAGGGCACGCAUAUGAAUUUCAGGUGCCACCUGCUACUCACGGACAAGACGUGCUCUAUACCUUCUACAACGGCCAAGGGGAUAUUGAUGCCGCUAUAGCAGCGGUUCACCAAGGCUACAUCACCAACUUCAUCGCCACAGGCGACCCGAAUGGACCAGGCCUGCCAACAUUCCCGAUUCAAGACGGGAACGCGAGCAUGAAUGCUUGGGGUGCGUCAGGCGUCAAGACCGAGAAGGAUCCGACAGCUAACGAGAGAUGCGCGUGGUGGCAAGAGGUGCACUAUCUUUGA